AAUGAGUCCAAAAAAUAAUAUUCCUGUGCUUAAUUUAACUUAGAUAAUAGUGGGGAUUGUGGCCUUCUCACAAGGUGUAUAACAUUUGGCUGAUUUGUCAAUUUAAUAUUUAUAUAAAGAUGAUUUUCAUGUAUCACCUAGUAAAAUGGGAGUAUUUGUUGGACUAUCCCAAUUACCAUGGUAUAUUGAAUAAUUUAUUAAUAGGAUAAUAAAACCUAUUUGGGGAAUAAUUUGUGAUUCAUUUCCAAUAUUAGGAUCUAGGAGAAAAGCCUAUAUUGUGUUUUGCGGAUUUUUAAGUUUUAUAGGGUGGUAAUUAAUGGCAUAUAUUGGUGUUGAUAAUGUUUAUGUAGCUGUAGCUUUAUUGAUUAUGAUAUCAUCAUCAGUCUGUAUUUGCAAUGUCGUUGGAGGUAUUAAUAAUUUUAAUUAAAGAGGCCUUAAUGGUUGAAUAAUGUGCAAAUGAUCAUGCAGCAAAUAAUGUUUCAGUAUUCUUUGGAUUCAAAGCUACAGGAGGAUUAAUUAGUGCAUAUUUUUCAGGAAUGCUACUUAUGUAUUUAACCAAAAAAUAAAGUAAUACUUUUAUAAAUCAUUAAUAGUAUUUCUAAUAAAUAGCUUAUUCCCAUUAACUAUGGCAUUACUAUCUUUAAAGUUAAAAGAGACUUAAUAAACAAGACCAUCAUAAAAUAUAAAGGAAGUUUUAAGUGUUUUUUGGACAUUUUUUUCGAAUCCUAAAAUUUAUUAGUAAAUAUUUAUCCUAAUUUAAGAGACCUGUAUUGUUAAUUUUAGCAUUCAUGAUGGUACCUUCUAGUAGUUCAAUCAUGUUUUAUUUUUAUACUGAAGUUUUACAUUUUACUCCUAGGUUCAUGGGAUAUCUUAAAUUUAUUAGUUGUUUAGGAACUCUUCUUGCUAUUCUAUUAUAUAGGAAUUUCUUAAAAGAUGUUAAUUUCAAAAAGAUUUUUGUUACUACAACUAUUGCAUUCUUUUUUUGUUAUCUCUCAACAAUACCUUUAGUUACGAGAAUGAAUGUUUAAUGGGGAAUUGAUGAUCGAUUUUUCUGUUUAGGUGAUUCUGUUAUAUUAUAAUUUAUUGGAGAAUUAAAUUUAUUACCUAUUUUAGUUUAUGCAUGCAAAAUAUGUCCUAAAAAUAUUGAAGCAACAAUGUAUGCUAUGCUUAUGGCUACUAUGAACUUUGGAACAUUUGCAGGUGGAUAAUUAGGUAAUCUAAUCUUAUAUGAAAUGGGAAUCAAUUAAUAAGAUUAUUCUAACCUCUAUAUUUUUAUUGCAUUAUCUAGUAUCUUCUUUAUUUUACCUUUGCCAUGGAUUCAUUUGAUUAAUGAUAAAGCUAUACAAAAUCAUUAAGAAUAGGAACCUCCAUAAAUCUAAGAUAAUGAGGAGAAACAAAACUUAAUUGCUUCAGUUGAAUGAAUUAUAA